GGCUGCCAUGUGCCAAAGUGAGCAAACAAGUGUAACUGCUUCAUCCACGUGGCUAUUGCUGCACCCACGAUUUUCUUUCUAGGAACAGCCAAACUUAGCUGGAGCGUGACGUAUCUGUACGUUCGGCCUCCCUAAUCAGCCAGGGCACAGCAAACUGGCAGGCGAAAUUCUCAGAAAAGCAGCUUGUUGAAGCCGCUGCGUGCUCCUCGCAGCCUCAUCCUGCUUCGCUGACAAGCAGUGGCUGGCUCUGCAGGUGCAGUGAAGACACACAGUCCAAGGGCUCAUGCGGGCCUAAAAUAGAAGUGCGUCAAUUCGGCACCUGGCUCCUCCAGUGCUCUGGAAACCCAGCCCUCCUCUGGUCUGGGCUCAGGAUAUGGAAGACCAAGUGGAAACAGUAGUGAUGCAUCCAGUCCUAAAGGCCUUUGUGUGUGGCUCCAUCAGUGGGACUUGCUCCACACUCCUCUUCCAACCCCUUGACCUGCUGAAAACCCGCUUGCAAACUCUGCAGCCUGCUGGUUCCUGUCUUGUCUUCCUUUCAGGUCCAGUCAUGCUGGGAUGGUAACACUGCUCUUUAGGGUUGUCCGUACUGAGAGUCUUCUCGGGCUCUGGAAAGGUGUCUCUCCAUCCUUUGCAAGAUGUAUUCCUGGGGUUGGGAUUUACUUCAGCACUUUGUACAUGAUGAAGCAAAACUUUCUAGUGGACCGCUCACCCACAGCCCUAGAGUCUGUCUUUCUGGGUGCCACUGCACGUGCAGUUUCUGGGAUUUGCAUGUUGCCAGUGACUGUAGUGAAGACUCGAUAUGAGAGUGGAAGAUUUGGCUAUGGGAGUGUAUAUGGAGCUCUGAAGAAUAUCUAUGAGACGGAAGGGGUUCGUGGCAUGUUCAGUGGGCUCACCGCAACGCUGCUGCGGGAUGCGCCGUUCUCUGGCAUCUACCUGAUGUUCUACACACAGACCAAAAAACUCACACCUCAGGACCAGCUGGAACCUGUGGUCAUGCCCUUGCUGAAUUUUGGCUGUGGGAUCUUUGCGGGAAUCUUGGCCUCGCUGGCAACACAGCCUGCCGAUGUCAUCAAAACUCACAUGCAGCUGUCUCCUCAAAAGUACCGCAGGACAAGCCAGGCCAUUGCCUUCAUCUACAAGGACUUUGGGUUGGCUGGCUUUUUCAGAGGUGGUGUGCCCCGUGCCCUCAGGCGGACUCUGAUGGCAGCAAUGGCGUGGACGGUGUAUGAACAGAUGAUGGAAAAAAUGGGCUUGAAAUCUUGAGUGACUUGCACAAGAAAUGACCAGCUUCACUCCUCCUGCUUGCUGUGAUCAACUGGCAAUAGGAACUUCCCAGUUCCACAGAGGAAUAAGCCUUGCUCAGCCAGGAGGAAGAAAGCUCUUCUGAGACAGGGGAUUAGGCCUUUUCGCAAGUAGAGGAAAGAAGGAUCGGAUCUUUGCAUCAUUUGAUCAGUGCAUUCCAGAAAGGACCGUACUGGCAGAGUCCCACGGAAACGGCCAGGUUUCCACAACCCGUGCUCUGUGCUCACCUCAUUUAUGCAAUGAGACAUUGCUGAGCGAAAGUGUUUGAGGAGAAAACAGUGAUUGCAGAACCUGCCAGCCUGUUCCUUGCUGGUCUGGCCAAUAAGAGCCCAGUGUCUGGUGUAGAUCCACUUUCCUCGUAUGCUUUGUUCUCGCAGGGGAACAUUGCAGACCUCAGUGGGAGACUGGAUGUGUCUCUUAAUGCUUAUAACGCAGGAGUGGGCGGAAGAGAAAUGAAGUACUGAAGGAAAGCUAGGAACACAGUCGCUGUCAUCAAUUUUGUACUGUGCUUGAUAGCAGAGAAGGUAACUGGAACCUCUUUGGCGUGUCAUGUAUUAUAGUUUACUUGAGCAUCUUAACACUCUUGAAAUGUGCUUCUGCCUCUGCAGCAAUAUUUGCUCAGGGAUUAAGAAGCAUAAGGCACUUUAGAAUUGAUUGCUGCCAAAGUUUUACUUGUUCUCUGAAAAGCAUUUUUUUUUCUGCUGGUCUGACUAUGUCAGGAACACUCAAGUACUUUUUAAAUCCAGCUGUACUGGAGACUUAUUUGCUUCCUGUUAUUCAUUUGUUAAUCCCUGACCAACACCCUCAGUGUGAGCUGCUCCUUAGAUGUAGCUUUUAGGGUCAUAGCUCAUAAUGCAUAAAUUUAUAAUGGAAGCAGAUAUAGAUACUGACACUUCAGAUGCCUCUUAAAAGCUGCUGCUUGAUUGCAUGUGGAGUAUCUUUGGGUUUGGAAAGAAAAUGCUGCUGUUUUCUGUAAGCUUUCUCCAAAGUUUGAGACCUAUGAGCGUUUGGUAAGGAACUCUUUGGGCUCUAUACAGACCCUUCACAGUUUCCCAGAUGAUAAUUUUCUCUUACCAGGUAGUCCAUGUUUCAGUGUUCCUGAGUUUAGACUUAGAGAUAAAUUCACUUUUUUGAAUCCACUGUGCCUUCUUCCUCAUUCCUACUUUGUUACAAAAACCCUACAGUGUGUGUUGUCCAGAUUUGGGUACAGCUUGCUCCCCUCUUCACUUGUGCCUCUGUGCUGGCUGACUAGGUUGGGACUAUUGCAGCUCCGUUGUGGUUGCCACAAAGCUGGGCACAGAAGUGUGUGUCCUGUUCUGUAGUGUGCCUUGCAGAAAACAUAGCUUUGGCUUUUUGUUUUUCUGGUGUGGUUUGGUUUGUUUUGUUUAUUUCUUUAUUUUUGUGGUUUGUGGGUUGUUUUGUUUUGUUUUUGUUAAAUAUCUAGGGAUAUUAAAAUUCUCUUUAGAAACAGAGCAGAUGUCUCUACGUAUGAAGACAUAACACUGUAGCUGUAUGAACAACUGGUACUACCUACCUGUUGUUCUUAAAAUUUAGGGUGUAAUUUGCACAAUCACUGCCUACCUUGGCAACCUGAGCACAAAACUAAGAGGGGGUGUGUGCUGUAAAAGAUGUUCUUUACCAGAUUCCAACUGCAAGAAGGUUUGAUGACUGACAUGAAUGUUAAGUCUGAGUAAAAUGUAAGGGACAGGCUGGAGGAGUGGAAGAUGCUGCCUCUUUUUAGCCUCAGCCCAUCUGCGAGGAGAGAUUGUCCCUGCACAGUGCAGGAGUCUCCGAGAAUGGUGGUGGAGGAUCCCGUGUGCACAUGUCUGUAUCUUAAUGAUAGCACACUGCAUCAAACCAUUCGACAUUGUGACUGACAAGCUGUCAGAUUCCCUCUCCUGCUUCUUGUUGUCAGGCGUGUGGGCACAUCAUUUGCCAAAUCCUAAAUAUGAAGAACCACUCCUUCUGCUGUCCAUCCUACCCUUUGAUGUGAACUCGUGAAAGUGUGUGAAACCGCAGGAACUGCUUAUCCUGCUGUUUGUUAUAGUGAGCACUAUUGGCACAAAGAGCUGUAGAAUCGAGUCAAAGAUUGCUGACCUGGCAGAGUAAGGUGGCAGUUACGUGUUACCUCGUAUGUCUUUUAUUCACCUAUGCAUGGGAUCAAGCCAACGUAUUGUACUGGAAGCCUGAAUUUAUUUAGGGCUUUCUUAAUCUGAUGGGUGAGUUGGAUCUGUGCUGUGGCAGCCAAGGGCUGUGUAUGGAGUUGCCUGGAAGAUGUUUCAUGAAUAUUUUAGCUCCUGAUUUAGCAAUGGCAAAGCAGUGUGCAAGUUGUGCAGAGAGAAACUUAGGCUCUUAAAAAUGAGGCAAGUGAGCAAAGAAUGCCAAGUGAUAAAUCCUGAAUUAAGUAACAUCCUUAUCAGAAACUUAAAAUGCAGGAACACUUCAAUGGCUUUUAUGCCCUAUACUUCUGCCUGGUCACAUAACAAAGGAAGAACUUGAGAAUUUAUUCUGAUGUGCCAGUGUCUUUAAGUCUGCUGGGGUUUUUUGUGUGUUGUGUUGUUUUGUUUUGUUUUAAUCUGGAUUCAGGCUUAAAGCAGUGAUAGCUUUUCCUGCAUAAAAGUUCUUGCAUUCCCCUCACUUUGUGAAGAAUGAGGAGGCUCUUUGUUGUUGCAGUAGAGUGAAAAAGUAUAUGCUUUUGACUUGUGAAUUAGCCUGAGCUCUGCUGAGUUUAAAAAAUAGAGAAUCUAAACUGCACUGUGUUUCAGCAACCCUUGGUGCUGCAAAUCCAAAAACUUCUCUACAUGGGAGCUGGGGAGAGUGAGUUUUGCAGUGCAAGUUUGUUGUUUGUUUUAUUUUAUUAUUUAUUUUGUCAAGUCUUAUGUAUAUGAGGGAAGCCUAAAGUUCUGUUUCAUUGUCUUUUAAAAGCUGUAUCACAUAGGCAGACACAAGACUGUUUCUCAGCUCUGAUCUUUACCAGCCUUCACCCUUUUCCUCUCUUCAAAAGCGUUUUUUCUAAACUGAUUUAUUGAAGUUACUUCUUGAUAUCUAUAGCAAGUCAAGAAAAACAAGUGUGUAGACUUGAAGUUUAGAUAUAUUGUCCUUGAGGUUGUAUGCUUGUAAUUAAAAACAAAUGGUCACUGUACAACCUAAAUUCAAAGUAAACCAAAAGAUCCAGUCACAGGUGCUUAAUCACCUACCUGCAUUAUGCUAGCAAUUCAACAUUACCAAUCCUAUCAGAUAAUCAUAUCCAAAGCCAUCUUAGCUUGGAUUCCAGAGAAUGUGGUGUGAUCCUUUCUGCACAUGGCAGGAUCAUGGUCAGAUCCCUCUUGGAAUGACCUCUGUUGCUGGCAACACGCUAUUAGAGGCUCUGCUUGCCCAUGCAGCUGUGGUGUCAGACCACAACUGGUUCACAUGUUGAGGCGCUCAGUGAAGUGUAAGGACACAAGAGCAAUAGUCUGAUUGUUUAUGUUUUAGAAACUUAGCAUUUCCCUUCUUCUUGUGCCAAUGAUUUCUUUUUUCUUGCACUGUUUAAAGAGAACUGGAGCUUUAGGACAUUGCAUUGGUGCGAGUAUUUCUGUGUCUAUAUAAAAUAUUUAUGUGAGAAAGUGUAUUAUAUGUUUUUAUUAAAAACUGGUUGCCAUCAUGAA